UAUAAAAUAAUGCAGUUUCCCAAACUUCUUCCUUGAUGAAAUAUAAUUUCUACACAAUUUCAAAAUAGUUUUAAAACGUGUCCCACAAAAUCAAAACUCAAGAGUAUUCUCUUUAUGCAUGAUGGCACAACAAAACUUUGUUCCUGGAACUGCUAGUCAAGAUCCCAAUAAUGAAGUGGAGCUUACUAUUUCGGCAAAGAACUUGUCAAAUAAAGAUCUUGUUUCCAAGUCUGAUCCUAUAUGUGUGGUCUACAUUCAACAGGGCCAAUCUUGGGUAGAACAUGGCAGAACUGAGCAAAUUGUCAACUCGUUAAACCCAGAGUUUUCCAAAAAAAUUGUUAUUGGCUACCGCUUUGAAGAACUGCAAAAGUUAAAAUUUAAAAUCUAUGAUAUUGACAGUAAGAGUACUGCCUUGGAUAAACAUGAUUUCUUGGGAGAGGCUGAUUGCUCUCUUGGGCAAAUAGUUUCUUCUGGCAAGAUUGUUAUCCCACUUCAUCACCCUAAGAGCAAAAACAAAGGAGAAUUGUGCAUAGUAGCUGAAGAAAUAGGGGCACUUAAGGAAGAUGUCGAAUUCCUGUUUAGCGCCGAGGGUUUCAAAAAGAGCGGGAUCCUCAGCAAACCGGAUCCGUUUUUAGCCAUUUAUAAAGAAAACACUCUAGUUCAUCGCACAACGUUCAUAAAAGACAACUGUAAUCCAAGGUGGCCAAAAUUCACUAUCCCUAUGCGAUUGAUACGCACAAAAGAUCAAAAAGAUGUAGCAUUAUCACUGCAGUGCUGGAAUUGGAACGGAGAUGGAAGCCACAAACUAAUGGGCGAGGUACACACUACCACACAAGGAAUUCUACAAACUCCCAAAACUUUCUCGUUGGAUGAUAAGAAAACAGGAAAAAGCGUGGGAAAGUUGUGUUUACAUGAAGCCAAAGUAAUUAAAACCUUUUCUUUCUUGGAUUAUAUCACGAGCGGCACUCAGAUUAACUGCACAAUUGCCAUAGAUUUCACUGGUUCCAACGGAGCUCCCAAUAACCCUAAUUCCCUACAUUAUAUGGGACCUACGCCUACUCUCUACGAGCAAGCACUGCUGUCUGUCGUCACAAUUAUUCAAGACUACGAUAGUGAUAAACAUUUCCCCGUUCUUGGAUUCGGAGCGAAAGUUCCGCCUAACGGUAUUCUUUCCCACGAAUUUUUCGUCAACCUGACUCCCAAUCCACACUGCUUUGGAGUUAAUGGGGUAAUUGAAGCAUACCGGAAAUGUUUACCUUGCAUUCAGCUUUACGGACCUACCAAUUUCUCCCCAGUAAUUAAUCAUGUGUCACGCUUCGCCGCAUCCCACUGUAACGGAAACAAUUAUUUCAUCCUCCUUAUUCUUACCGAUGGGGAGAUUACUGAUAUGCUGGAGACAAAGCAGGCAAUUAUUGCUGCAUCCCAUCUCCCGAUGUCAAUCAUAAUCGUUGGAAUUGGCCAUGCCGACUUUUCAUCAAUGAAGGAACUGGACAGCGAUAAUGGGCAUUUAUCUGCUAACGGCCGUACUGCCGCACGCGACAUCGUGCAAUUUGUUCCUUUUCGUGAUUUCUUGAAUCAGCCAGAUCCAUACCGCGCAGCCGUAAAUUUAGCCAGUGCUUUGCUAAUGGAGAUUCCCAACCAGCUAGUGGCUUUCAUGAAAUCCAAAAAUUUGACACCUAAACAUCCACAUUAAUGUAAGCCCAAACUUAUUAUUUCCACGCUUACUGUAUCACCGUAGCUUAUCCGCGACUAAGUGUUCCUAACUUUCUAUAAGAUCCUUCAUUUCUGUUUUCUUUCAAAAUUCGAUUUACAGAUAUUAAUCUAAAUUAAUCUACGUUAACCAUUCCAAUUUUAUCAUUUGAAUAAAAUACCCGGUGCAGGUACAAUAAGAGCGGUUA